UGUGUACUUUAUUUUCUAUAGCUGUGUCCAUAAAGGUUGUUGUUGUUAAACGGCUCAGUCUAUUUUAAAUUUACAGUUCUACAGACGGUGAACGGCCACUGGUUCUAAGCAGUACAGGCACCGAGAAGAUACACUGACAGAAAGCAUCAUGGGUCAGAUGAUUGGCUCUCACAAUGUGCCAACUGAAGAUCAACAGAUCCAGGAUGAGGAGUACUGGGGAUAUGAUGUAAAGACUGUUGAAGAGAUCACCAAACCAAAACUUGGAAAGCUGAUCAUCGAUUACUGUGGAAACGAAGGGAUAAUCGACGAUGAACGAACAGGCAGCAUACGUAAGCUGCUGCAGCGGGCAAUCACUAACCUGGAACCCCUGCAAGAGCAGUACCCAGGGGUAUGGAGGGACGCAGAACUGAAGAUAUUUGACCUGUAUGGGAAUGGUUAUGUGGUAAAGUCUGGGGAAGGUUCUGUCAAGUUUGUAGCUCAAAUCACAGGGAACGGUGAUGUUGAGCUUAGUAAGGUCAAUGACCAAAGUUUUUUGGCCUCAAUGAAAGCCCUUGUAUGGAGGCAGAAUUCCCAACAGCUUCAGAUAAAGGGGGCCCCACCUGACCAGAGUAAUGCUAGGAAAGGCUGGUUCCCUUUUAAAUCACCCCGUUCAAUUCCAUGGCUCUUCAGUAGAUCAAAACCAGAAAGAAAUCAGGAAGGGGGCCUCUCUCAAAGCAGCACAGAACAUGACGAAAGUUCACUUGACUCUCCAUCUGUGAUGGAAUCAGAUGGGAAGGUUGCUGCAGAUGAUCAACAUGGUAAUGAUUCAUUGAUUGGGCAUGACGAGGGGGGUGAGAUACAAAACAACAAUCCAAGGCAUGCUCCUACAGUGCUAAAGGUACUAGCCCACUAGUAGACCAUUCGCCAGAAAGUGCUAGUGGUUAUCAAACAAACAAUAAUGUCAAGAUUUCCCCCAAUGCAGAUAAUCACACUGAUACACGAGAAGAGGUUGCUAAGCGGGGUCACUUUAAAGCCAUUAUGUCCCUCUGUCUGCUCCAGGAAAAUACUGAUGAAUAAGUGUGCUACUGAUGAGAAUACCUUUGUUGUUGCAUUUAUAACAUGCAUAACAAGCAACAUGACUCCCUAGUGUUCAAAUGUUUCCAUGACACAUGCUGUUACAAAUCAACAACAGUUGAUAAACUGUAGGUUGAUCUGUGCAUACAAAGCAUCUGUCCCAUAACCCAUAUAUAUUUUGUAACCUCUUCCAGCUAAAAAAGGGACCUUUUAAUAAAUAUAGCUAUGAAAUCCUACUGUAUACAAGUACAUGUACAUGUACUAGCAGCUCUGGUACAUACAGCUGAUGUCAGUGUUUUGCCUUUUUAUUGUUUAAUUGUACCCAACUGUGACUGCCAUUUUUGUGGCUUUUGUAUUUGUUAUGUGUAGUUUCUAAUACAAACUUUUAGCACCUUGGUGCUGCUAUGUACUUGUGAUUUCGAACAAUUAAUAAACAAUUCAAUA